GUCAAAUUACUGUAAAAUGCACGUAAAAUGUAAACAUGAUUGCCGAUUGGUAAUGUUUUCAAUUGUAUAGGAAUUAAAUCCAGUAAUAUAGAUACAAAAUGGCAUUAAAUCCAAAAAAGUUUUUAACGAAAGAUCUCAUUAAUAAACCAGCACCUUUAGAUGUAUGGCUUCAAGGCACAAUUGAACAAACUGUCGGAAAUGAUAUUUUGAUAAUUUCGGACACUUUUGGAAGAGCAAAAAUAGUUAAAUGUGAAUCAGCUGAUGGUGUUAUAAAUAAAAACUCAUUACGAAAAGGUGUGUAUUGCUGUAUAAUUGGAGUAGCUGUUAAAACAAAAGGCUUGCCAGAAAUCCAAGCCACAAAGUUUGUUGACCUCAGCGCUUACCCACAAAUGAAAGCCUCCUGGGAGAAUGAAGUGAAAGAAACCGAAUUACUUAUGCAGGGAAAAAUAAAACCAAUAUUAUAAAAACAAUAAAAAUUUAUUCCUCCACCUUACAAUAUGUUGGAAUGAUUAUAAAUACAUAACAAUAUGUAAAAUAAAAUUUCAUUAACAUAUCCUUAUUACAUAGAUUGA